AAAGAGAGAGAGAAAGACAGGGAGAGAGAGAAAGGGGGAGAGCGAAAGAGGGACAGACAGGGAAAGAAAAAAGAGAAAGAGGGAGAGAAAGACAUAAAAAUAGUUUUCUCUCAGGAAAUAAAACUUCCUCUUUGAGCUCGUAGAUUGUUGAUCGCGACAUCAAGGAGGGCAGACUUCGGGCCUCAUCUUCUCCCGUUGCUAGGCGACCGCGCGGAGACAGGUGCUCUUUUCGUCGGGACACGGUCCAGUGAGGAGUGUUGGGCGAUCCUGGUCUCACCGUCAGACGCAGCGAAAGUAGCGUUAGAAUGCAUGCCCUGCAGAACUUCUUUCUAUUGGUCCUCGGGAUCAUUAGCCACGCCUCCUCCCAUCUCAACCUGACUCUGAAUGGUCAGUGGAAGGACUGGAAGGACCUUCACAAUAAAGAGUAUGGCAGCCAGGAGGAGGAGGAGCAGCGCAGGUCAGUCUGGGAGAAGAACACGCUGCUGAUCGAGGCCCACAACCUGGAGUAUGAGCAGGGCAUGCACUCCUAUCAGCUGGGCAUGAACCACAUGGGAGACAUGACUGCUGAGGAAGUGGCUGAGAAGAUGACCGGUCUGGUGGUUCCUCAGGCCAGGGAGACCAACAACACCUUCGCUCUCGAUGACAUCCCCACAAAACUGCCCAAUGCCAUCGAUUACCGCAUACUUGGCUUCGUCACGCCGGUCAUAAAUCAGGGCUCCUGCCUUUCCUGUUGGGCCAUCAGCGCCGCGGGGGCUCUGGAGGGUCAGCUAAUGAGGAGCCGGAGGAAGCUGGUGCCCCUCAGCCCCCAGAACCUGGUGGACUGCGUCAGGAGCAACUACGGCUGCAAGGGCGGCUACAUGACCAACGCCUACAAGUACACAAUGAAGAAAGGCAUCAGCUCUGAGAGGAAAUAUCCCUACAUGGGCGUGGAGCAGAAGUGUGCCUAUGACAGAUCAGACAGGGCGGCCCAGAUCUGGGACUUUAUGGAGCUCCCUGCGGGGAACGAGCGGGUCUUGCAGGCAGUCGUGGCCGUGCAUGGGCCCGUUUCCGUGGGGAUCCAAGCCAGAUCCCCUAACUUUACCUUCUACAAGAGCGGUGUUUACUAUGACCCCAAGUGUAGCGGGGAGUACCUGAACCACGCCGUGCUGGUGGUCGGCUACGGCGUCACUCCCACCUGCAAGAAGUUCUGGAUCGUUAAGAACAGCUGGGGGCAAACAUGGGGCGAUGGAGGUUAUAUUUUGAUGGCCCGGAACAGCAGAAACCUCUGUGGAAUCGCCAACCUGGCCAGCAUCCCCAUCAUGUGACCACCAGGGGGUGCAAAGAGGCCGAAAAGUGGAAAUAUAGCUCUAAUCUGAGCAUGACCUGUGUGCCUGUGCCUGUGUGUGUGCAUGUGUGUUUGUAAGUAGUUAUGUGUUGGCGUGUGUGCGCCCUGUGCUCGUGUGUGUGUGUGUGUGUGACACGUUGUGUGGUUAUGUGUGUACAUGUGUAUGUGUUUGUGCGUGUGUGUGUGCGUGUGUGUGUGUUUGGUUAUGUAUGUGUGUCUGUGUGUGCAUUAUGAGGGAAGAUUAUUAAGACUGUCCACAACUCUCUUUCAACUUUCCUCACAUUAGCCAGCUAAUAUAACAGCAUUUUCAUCUUCUGGGGUUCAUUUUUUUGUUUGUUGAUCUUGGAUCAGCGGUUGGGGGUAAAAUAAAAGAGCCUAGUUUAUCCAG